AUGGCCGACCCGCCUGUACCCGAGGACCAAAAGGUCGACAAGGUGUAUGCCAAAAUCUUCAACCCUGUAUUUGCGCAAAAGGCCGAAAACCUGCGGCCAGCCCUUCACACAUGGGACGUCAAGCCUGAAGAGGUCAUCACCUUCGGACCAGAUGAGGCAGCCUAUUUCAAGGUACGACCAGUUCACCGACUUUCGAUUGAAGAGCUCGCCAACAGGGCCUGGGGUAAGGGUGAAGAAUUCAUACUCGACUUUGGCUCCCACAAUGUCGGUUACGUCUCGUUUCACCUCGGCGCCGAAGGGCUUAAUAUUGACGCCCCGGCACGGCUGAGACUCACAUUUGGCGAGAUACCAUAUGACGUUACAGAGGAGCUUCACCCAUGCCGGUCAUGGAUCAGCACCAGCUGGCUCCCCGACGAGGUCAUCAAUGUCGAUUGGGUGCCGACAGAUGUGGCGAUACCGCGGCGCCAUGCCUUCCGUUACCUGCGUGUGCAAAUAUUCGACACCUCGCCCAAGUACAAGAUCAAGUUCAGCAGGAUCGUGACACGAUCAGAAAGCGCUGUACCGUCGGGCCAUCCCGUGGGGCCGUGCCUCGUCCCCGGGACCAACGAUGACGAUGCUAAGCUCCUGAGACGCAUCGACGCGGUGAGCCAGAACACGCUGCGCAGCUGCAUGCAGACAGUCUUUGAAGACGGGCCCCGGCGAGACAGACGGCUUUGGAGCGGUGAUCUUCGGUUGCAGGCGCUCACAAACUACUGCACGUUUGGGGACGGCGACCUCGUCAAGCGGUGCCUUUACAUGUUCGCGGCAGUGUCCCGUGAGGAUGGGUCGCUGCCAGCGUGUGUGUUCGAGAAACCAACGCUUUCGGCUGCUACAGACUACAUUAUCGAUUACGACGUGCUCUUUGGGUCAAUUGUUGAUGAUUAUUGCGAGGCAACGGGAGAUCUCGACACGGGACGCGAGCUGUGGCAGACGGUUCUCGGCAGCACAAAAGGCGGCACUGGCACAUAUCACGGAAGAGGGUAUCUUCUCGUGCGGUGCUUCGAGCGGGUGGAAGUUCCUCGACUGGCCAAGGAGCUCGACCGCGAUGCUGGCAUGCAUGGUCUCGUCAUCUUCGCGCUGAAAGGAUCAACCGUCUCGCGGGGUCGACUGGACGAGGCGGCGCCAUACGAAAAUACAGUGGCUCGUCUCGUGGCCGCUGCCGAGGGCGGGUUUUACGACAAAGAUAGGGGAGUGUUCGUCAGCGGGCCGCAGGCGCAGGUAUCCUGGGCAUCGCAGGCUUGGAUGGCACUUGCUGGGGUCAUGGACCCAGCGACGUGCAAGGCUGCGAUUUUAAAAGCCAUGGCAGACGCGACAGCAGUCAAGCCGAUGACGCCGUACCUGUACCACCACGUCGCCGAGGCGCUGAGCGUGGUGGGUGGCGAAGAGGAAUGUCUUGAGCUAAUUCGCGAGUACUGGGGUGGUAUGAUACGGGCAGGCGCCGACACCUUCUGGGAGUGUUUCGAUCCGGAGGAUAGUCGUAGCAGUCCAUAUGGCGACUGUCAUAACAACAGCUACUGCCAUGCGUGGAGCUGUACACCGAGCUAUCUAUUGAGGGUCAAGCUGAAGGGGUGGCUGGAGCAGCGGUCGGGUGUACAGCCAGAGACCUAG